UUGUCACUGCCGAUUACGUCACGACGAGUCAGCUGUGAGAGGAGUGUUUGCUAGUCGGACAUCAUGAGAGAAGAUGAAGCCCACCGUGCCACUUCUACUCCUGGCCCUGCUUGCCGUCACAGGGCUGAGCCGAGCCCAGGUCAGGACGGCACUUCUGGACUUGACAAACAGCAUCGGGAACGUCCUUCCCAGCCUCAGCCGCCCAGCAAACCACAGCCGCAUCUUCUACGCAGUGAUGUUUGAUGCAGGGAGCACAGGCACACGCAUCCAUGUUUACACCUUUAUCCAGGGUGACUCAGACGAGCUGCCUGUUUUGGACAAUGAGAUGUUCCAUUCCAUAAAGCCUGGUUUGUCAGCAUAUGCUGACUUCCCUGAAAUGGCGGGACACACUGUGAGGAUGCUGUUGAAGGUGGCCAAGAAGACUGUGCCUCGCCUGGAGUGGAAAAGGACUCCUGUGUUCCUCAGAGCCACAGCUGGACUUCGGCUGCUGCCUGCAGAGAAAGCUCAGGCACUUCUGGACCAGGUUCAACAUGUGUUUGAUGAAUCCCCUUUUUUGGUCCCAGGCAACAGUGUCACCAUAAUGAAUGGCACAAAUGAAGGAAUCCUGGCUUGGAUAUCUUUGAACUUUCUGACAGGUCACCUAAACACACAAACCAAGAAGACAGUUGGAAUAUUGGAUUUGGGAGGAGGAUCUACGCAGAUCACUUUCCUGCCAAAACUGAGGAAAACCAUUGAAAGUGUUCCUGUUACUGAUUACAUUGCCAGAUUUGACAUCUUCAACUCAACAUUUGAAUUGUACACUUACAGUUACCUGGGAAAUGGACUGAUGGCAGCACGGCUGGCCAUGCUCGGAGCUCUGGGUGCAGAAGGGUUGGAGUGGCGGAUUUUUAAAAGUUCCUGCCUGCCAAAAAAGUUCAGGGAUGAAUGGAGCUUUGGAGGGCUAACCUAUCAUGUGAGCGGGGACCCAGAAGGUUAUGCAGGAUUCAAGUUUUGUUAUCAAGAAGUACUUAAGGUGGUGAAGGGCAUUCAUCAGCCGUAUGAGCUUGAAGACAGCAAUGUUUUCUAUGCAUUCUCCUAUUACUUUGACAGAGCUGUGGAUGCAGGUCUUAUCGAUGGGGUCCAUGGAGGGAUGCUGGAGGUCAGAGACUUCAAGAAGAGAGCUAAAGAGGUGUGCAAUAAGAUGACCAAGUACCCUUCCAUCAGCCCUUUCCUGUGUAUGGACAUGACCUACAUCACUUGUCUGCUCAAGGAUGGGUUUGGCUUCAAGGAGAGCACUGUGCUACAGUUGACCAAGAAAGUGAACAACGUGGAGGCAAGUUGGGCUCUGGGUGCCACAUUGGACCACUUCCACAACCUGAAGAUCCACUGAGGAACAAACACUGCUGAUUUAGGUGGUGCUCAAUAACAAACACAACAAGUAAUGGACACUAUCUUAUCUAACAGCCCCAGACAUCUGCUGUUUGUUUCAUAGGGUCAGAACUAACCACAUGAGUAAUUCUUAAUCUUUUUUAAAAAGCAAUUAUUCUCCAAUGUUAAUAUAUUGAGCUGUAAAUGAACAAUGUGUUGCCGUACUCAGAACAAGUGAAGCACUGGAGGUUGACAUUUGAGUGAAAGAUGUUACCAAUAACACACUCGGUUAAUGCAGCUUUGGACAUUAAUGGAUACACAAUUUGUUUGAGAUUAAAUGUUUUUGUGUUUUACUCAGGGUGAUACAUGAACAUGGUGGCCUGGCUUGUUAGGCUGGAUGUGCUGUGCAAGACCAGUGUUUACAUGCAGUAAUAUGAUACGCUGUGCUUCAGCAGCUUUCAGUGGCAAGUGUUUUGUUAUUACUAACAAAGAUAAUGGGGUAUACAAGUGUCUGGUACAUUUAAAUUUGUACAGUCAAUCAUAUUAGCCACUGAAGUUUUGGUUAAAAAUAAGUGGCACUCACUGUUCAUUUGAGACCAUCACUGCAUUUCAACCUCAGACUUCUGUUUACAAUGAGAGUGCACAGAACAAUGCAUGGUUAUUAUACUAUCAUAAAUUUUUAAAACCCGUCUCAGUAUUUCUUUGGGAGUAUUUAUUUUCAAAAACUUGAGAAAGAAGGUUGUUUGUACAAACUCUGCCCUUUCACACUUGUCAAAAUAAAACCAUCAUUGGUUGCUAAUUACAAAUAUC